CACAUGCGAUCAGUUGAGGAUCAGAGAAAGACAACAUUAGAAAAUCAGCCAUCCAAACAUGCUGUGCACGAAAUCACAGUUGAAGACUUAAAAAGACCACAAGAAAAGAGCAGGAAGAGAAGUGCCAGUGCAGUUAGGACCUUAGAGGAGAAAGUUUUAGAAAUCUGGGCUAAGGAAGAAACUAAUGAAGUUGAAGCUGUGGUGGGUCCUUUUAAACUUUUCCAUUCAUCCAUUAAAAGUUUGCAUGGAAAUAACUGGCUAUCGGAUGAGAUCAUCGAUAGUUACUUGCACAUCAUCGGAAAGAACAUGAAGGGACGUGUGUUCGUUUUAUCAGCAGUAGUUUCGUCAGCACUUUUCAGUGGGAAUUUCCAGUGUGUGAGAAAGAUGAGGAUCCCAGACACUGACAUGUGGUUGUGUCCAUGCAACACUGGACGGCAUUGGAUUCUUGUGAUUGUCAAAAUGUCAGAGAAAUCUGUUAUUCUUCUUGAUCCAAUGGGUAGUGAGAGAUUGUAUGAAAGGAAAUUAUUGAGCAACUGGAGAAAUUUUCUAAAAAUGAGAAACCACAGUUUGUCAAAUGAAGACUGGACGUUUCGUACACUUGAACACGAGAAGCAGAUAGAUGGGAGUAGCUGUGGAGUUUUGAUCUUGAAGUUUGCUGAGGCGUACCUACAUGAAGGAUCAGUGCUUGAAGUCCAGACCAAUGUGCAAUAUGUUAAGAGCGCCCGAACUCAAAUAGCCUGUGCACUAAUCGAGCACGGUGGUAAGAUUAAAACAUCUUCUGUCCACUUGUUAAAUAUUACAGUGUAGUAUAGCUCUUACGGUCCCUUUUAUUUUGACAUCCCUUCAGCCAUGACACCAACUAAUACCUCUUUGGUUGUUGACAGACCUCUGUUACUCUUAUUUUGUCAGAGAAUGAGGCACCACGUCAAAUUUAAAUCAGACUUUGCUUAUCAGUACAUGCGUAAAACACGUGCAUACAUUUUAUGUUAGUAAUGGAUGCAUAUACACUUGUGAAUAACUUGUGGAUAUACACAUGCGUACAAACUCGAUCCAUACGUGUACACCUAAAAACACUCGCAUAUGCAUAUAAUCUCAAUGCGUGCAUACGCUCCUGUAAAACACUUGUGCAAACAUAUAAAAGAAAAUUCACAAACGUAUACAAUUCUGAUGAGAAAAACACAUGCUUUUAGUUUGUAGUUUAGUUUGGUGUAUAUACAUAUAUGCAAGUGAUUUUUCAUGUGUGGAUGUGUAUAAACUUUUCAGUACGAAUGGAAGGCAUUUAAUUGUAAACGGAAGCAGCCACAUCUCCAGAAGCAGCAGUAGUAUCAAUCUGCAUAAGAACAGCUUGCUCUUCCAUUUACCUCUAUCUAACUAUUUGUCAAUUCACUAAUUUAACACGAUAUCAUAAACACGAUCCCGUCAGUCUCCGCAGCAUUUAAAUGUUGUUACAAUGUUUUAGUUUCUGUCAAGGUUUUUACUUGCAUCCCUCCCUGUUUGCUGCUUUGUAUGUCUUUCUCACUUCUAACUCCUCUCACAGCACCGAUCACCUGCUUUCCUACUCACACACACAACAGCCUAUAUCUUUACACAUCUGCACGGCACGACCAUCCACUUAUACACUCAGCGUCAGUGCAACCACUCCGACCUUACAGCGCACACAGACAUGGAGGACAUGCUCGCACACAAGCGCGUACACGCCCACUCAUAUCUCAUUCAAUUGAGCAUCACAUGCAGCGUGCAGCAUUAGACACACGCACACACGCACACACACACACACACACAUACACACAUAUCUAUGGGCGCACUAAGGUUUGUCACAUGGAAUGUGAAUGGAGCUGGGUCCAGAGAGAAGAGGUUAAAAAUAUUUAGCCAGCUUAAAAAAAACUACAGGCAGACGUUGUUUUAUUACAAGAGACUCAUAGACCUGCCAGAAGGUAGAUUUCUAAUCAUAAAAGUAUCUAUAUUUAACAAAAUCCAAUAGAGGCAGAGGACGAGCUUAACCUGGGUGUCUAUUGUCUUCUGUAGUCUGGGAGUUGACUGAAUGAUGGGGUGGGGGUAGUUUUUCCCUCUGCUGUGGGGUCUGGUGGGCCGCCCUGGGCUGCCAUGGGCCCUGGUCUAGAUGGGCCUGGGCCCCCUGCCCUGGGCAGAUUUGGGGCAACGGGGGUGCCUAUAGGGGUCAGCGGGGGCGCUGGCUCCAAAGGGGGGGUACUUUGCCCCCUCCGAUGCUUUCCUCCCCAUCCCUAAUGCUUCCCCUCUCCCGCUCCAUCACACCAACAUACAGGUAGGGAUUUGAGGUGCGGGUGUGUCGCUGGGAUGCAGGGGAGGUGGUACUCCUCUGUCUCCUCGUGGCCACCUGCAUCUCAAUCAUACAUCACAACUUAGACACUCUCAUUACUUACUGUCACAUGACACAUACAUAUAGGGCCUUGGGGGUGGGCACACUGAAUGGCGUCCAGAGGGCGGUCUGUUCAUUCAGCCUUCCCUCUGGUGCCGGUGCCCACUUCUCAAUUUUAAGUUGCACAUAGACAUUGAGGGCUCUUGGGAGGGGCCGAGCUGACACGAGCUGGUGGAGGUUGGUUAGUGUCUUGCCCCUCCCCUGUUUUAAAGCACUUUAGAACAACACGCACCAACACUACAUUUGAGCGGGUGAGGUGAGGCAUGGGGUCUUUUCACACCCCUGUUCUCUGUUCUCUGUCCGGGGCCGGGGGCUGUGAGGAUGAGCUGUCCAUCUGGUCGGGGUCUGGGCUGGUGGUCUUCUCUGCUGCUGCGGGGACCGGGGUGGUCUUCCUGUCUCCACACCAGAGUGAAGGGGGUUCAGCUCCGGGGUCUGGCGCUGAUUGCCCCUCUGGGGGUAGUGGUGCCUGGAUCCAGGAGUAUAGGGUACAAAUGGGGAGUGUGAGUGUGGGUUCUGUGUCCAUUUUUGUGUGUCUACAUGUGGGGCGAGUGUGUGAAUAUUUGUUUGCGUGCAUGAGGGUGGGAACGUAUGCUUGUGUAUAUGUGUGCCUGUUUGUCUAUGUCCAUGUGUCAGGUCAGGCCUUAGACUCCACCUUACUCAUCAUCUCAGGCCCCCCCACCCCACCACCACGCCCUGCCGGUGGAGGAUGCCCCCAGCCGCCGGUGCGUUGGUGGUUUCUCGCUCCGGGGCCGGAUUCUCAGGUGAGUGCUGGCCCGCUCUCUCGGUGGUCGCUUGGCGGGGCCUGGCCCUCCUGGCUUUGCUGGGCCCUGGCUGGGGGUUGGGGGGCCCUUGGAUCUCUGGGCCCAGGGGCCGGUCUGCCCUGGUGUGGCUGGCUGCCGGCGGAGCCUGCGGGCUUGCCGCCGCGGCCCACUGGGGCGUCUGCAUUGUGGCUGCCGGAUGACCCCCCCUCCGGGCUCUCCUCUGCCCUUUUCUGGGUGGGGGCCGCAGUUGUCCCUGCGGUGGUUCUCCUGGGACACCUGUGCCCUGGGGGGCCUCUGGAUGUUUGGGGCCCGGGUCUCCUCCAUGUCUGCUUCAUGCCUUGCGGGACGGGGCUGUGGUUCCCCACACACACUAUUAAACAUUUACAUGGAGGAACCUUAUGAACACAAGCGCGCUCACACACACAGGUGUACACCCAAGCAUUCACAUUGGUGUAAAAACAGGUGCUCACAGACACACACUGUCUUGAUCUGCUGUUGCUUCAAAACAUAUUUUGUAAUAUUGGUUAUGUGUGCUGCGCAACAACAUUUAACAUUUAGUAUUUACUGUGAUUCGUACAGAUGUUGGUUGUUGCUGCAGUUUCU